AUGAAUAAGGUAGCUUUAAUUGCAUCAUUUUUAGCUGGGCUUUCUAUUCUUUCUAUCAGCUUUGUUUACCUCAAUCAAAAGGAUUUAAAAGCUGAGGUAAUCAUUACUAACCCUCCAUUUAAUACCACAUUCCCUUAAACUUUCGAGCUUAAAGACUAAUAAUUUGUUUUGAAUGGAUAGCCUCUUUAUGUAGCUGCUGGUGAAAUCCAUUAUUCUAGAGUACCUUCCCAAUAUUGGCGUACAAGAAUUCAAACUAUAAAAGCUCUUGGUUUAAAUACUUUAAGUGUUUACAUAAUGUGGAAUCAUCACGAAGUUGCUCCCGGUGUUUUCGAUUUCUCAAGCCCUGACAGAAACUUAAGAAACUUCUUACAAAUUGCUUUGGAAGAAUAAAUGUAUGUUUUAAUAAGACCUGGUCCCUAUGUAUGCGCUGAAUGGGAUUUCGGUGGCUAACCUUUCUGGCUUUUAAAAGAAAAUGUUGAAUUGAGAUCAACUGAUCCUAAGUAUAUUUAGGCUAUUACUCCUUAUAUCAAUAGAGUUGCUUAGGAAAUCUAAGAUUACCAAAUUACAAGAAAUGGUACUGUUCUUAUGGUUUAAAUUGAAAACGAAUUUGGCUCUUAUGGAAGUAAUAACACUUAUCCUCUCAAAUUGAAACAAAUUUGGGAUGAUACUAAAAAGAUUUAGGUUCCUUACUACACUGCUGAUGGUGGCAGUUUGAUUAAAACUGGUCAUGUUCCCGGUGCUGCUUUUGGAUUAAACCCUGGCACAAAUGAAAAAGAUUAUUUAUAUGCUCAUUCCCUAGAAUUCAAUAUGCCUGUUAUGAGUUCUGAAACUUAUCCUGGAUGGUUAACUCACUGGGCUGAGAACUGGGCUGGACGUGACAUUUCUAGCACUGUCAGUGAAUUUGAAAAUUUAGUCAAGAACAAACACUCUUUCUCUAUGUACAUGGUAUUUGGUGGCUCUAACUUUGGUUUAACUGCUGGUUCUAACAAUGAUAAUUCUGAUACUGCCUUCUAGCCUGAUAUUACUAGCUAUGACUACGACGCUCCUAUUAAUGAGUAAGGUGCUCCCACAGAUAAGUUCUAUGCUUUGAGAGAGAUGUUUAAGUCUCAUUUCAACUGGACUAUCCCUAAUGUUCCCCAAAUACAAAACUUAACUACCGUUGACUAGUUUACCCCAUAAAGAUUAGGUUCUCUUAGACUCCUUUACAACUCUUUACCUAAAGUUACUUUCUAAUAAGCUUAAAGUUUCGAAGUUUUAAAUCAAAACUAAGGUAUUGUUGUUUAUACUUUCUAAGUUCCCAUCAGCAACUCUCCUUAAAAUACUAAUUACACUCUUUCUUUUGAUAAGAUUAGAGACUUUGCUAAAGUUUAUGUCUAAGUUAAUAACUCUACCACUUAUAACGGCACAAUUAACAGAAUGAAUUAAUAGAAUUCCUUCAGUUUUAGUUAUUCAGGUAAUGCCACUAACGCCACUGUAACCAUUUUCGUUGAGGCUUUCGGUCACGUAAACUAUGGCCACACCAGUUUCGAUAACAAGGGUAUCAUUGGAAAUAUUUACUUCCAAAACAAGAAUAUCUCUAACAUUUCCCACACUUUAAUUCCUCUUCAAAAUAUUCCUAAUAUUAUUCCUUCUCCUAGUGCUGUUGAUUCUCAAAACAGUGAAACCUUCUUUAAAGGUACUUUCAAGAUCAACGGUUAAAUUGGAGACACCUAUUUGAAUAUGUCAAAUUACACUAAAGGGUAUGUCUGGGUUAAUGGAUUCAAUUUGGGUAGAUACUGGAAUAUCGGUCCUCAAUAAAAGCUAUUUUGUCCUGCUACCAUCCUUAAAUAGAACAACGAAAUUGUUAUUCUUGAUUUAAUAUAAAACACUGCAGCACCCAUCAAGGGAGAAUUAACACUUCAUUGA